AUGGAAAAACACAACGCACCGCCCACUGGGCAUGGAAGAGGCGACCAAAAGGCUGAAGCAGGAAGAGACAUCAACGGCUUCAGAGUCGCCAGGCGAGACCGAUAUGAUUCGAACCGAUACAGUGAGAGUUGGAAGCGCCACAACGUCGAGGACGACUUAUCGUGGGGCCGAAUGAUGGUGGGUAAUGCUGAUUGGCGAUACUGGGGAGUUUACGACGGUCACUCAGGUUGGGCAACCUCAUCAAUUCUUAAAGAAUUUCUCCACAAGUAUGUUAGGAGAAAACUCGACAAAUUAUCCGCUAAGGAUUUGAAUGACUCCGAGGCGAUUGAGGUGGCCAUGAAGUCUGCAUUCAUUGAGCUGGAUGACGAGAUCGUCUCCGACGGUCUGGCUGCCAUCUAUGAACCAAUUACCCACGCAGAGGCCAUGUGUCGCAUUGCACCCUCCAGCUGUGGGUCCUGUGCGCUUCUAGCACUGUAUGAUCCGGAGAGGUCCAUCGUCCAUAUUGCUGGUGCUGGCGACUCACGUGCCGUUCUCGGUCGGCAACAAGAUGGUGACAACGGGGAUUGGGUCUCCAUUCCACUCUCGGUUGACCACAGUGGUAGUAACCCAGACGAAAUGGCCCGAAUUAAUGCCGAACAUCCCGGCGAAGACCGCUUGUUUUCCGCCGCUGGUCGUUUUCUCGGAUCAGAGGUGACUCGAAGCUUCGGAGACAAUCGGCGGAAGUGGCCGAAGGAGGCACUGGAGGACUGGAAGAAUGGCUUCUUUGGCCGAGUUUACAACACGGACAUACAAACACCGCCAUAUGCCACCGCGUUGCCAGAUGUGAAGAACAUAAAGGUUGAGCCAGGCGACUUUCUCAUCCUCGGGACAGAUGGGUUUUGGAACCAUGUGUCCAAUGAGGAUGCGGUAGCAAAAGAGAAAUAUUCAGAUUGCUGCCCAGGUGACGAUGUCCAAACACCAGGGAAGGAGCCGGAACGGCAUAUGUAUCCGUAUAACUGGGUGAUGGAACGAGAUGACUUCAUCGUCAAAGAUGAUAAUGUAGCCACGCACUUGGUUCGCAACGCAUUUGGAGGCAAGGAACGGGAUUUGUUUUGCAGUGUCAUGAGCCUUUUGCCACCAGAUUCUAAGGAGGCCAGAGACGAUGUAACCGUAGUUUUUAUUCUCUUCUAG